CGGACACAUAUUAGAGACGGACAGAACACAAACAACUAGCCAACGCUGGAGGGAGAUUUAAUUUAAAGCGCAGCGGUGUCCUCAAAGCUAAACUGUAGACGGUUGUUUGGUGUAGUAUCUGGUUAAACUGUUUAGUAUCACCAUGUCAUCAGACAGUGAUAUUCAAACGACGCCGAGAGGGUUUUUCUGCGCAUUGUGUAACACCAACUUACCAAACAUGCCGAGUGUCGAUCAGCAUGUGAAGGGGCGAAAGCAUCAGACCCUGACGACUGUACGAGACACCAGGAAGAACCAGGAGGAGCACAGUGUGUUUGUCAGUGGCAUCAAGCCUGAAAUCUCUCAGACGGACAUCUCCGAAUACUUCCAGCAGUUUGGGGCCGUCACAGAUGUUAUCAUGGACAAAGGCAAGGGUGUUUUUGCCAUCGUGCAGUUCAGUGAAACGGAGAGCAUCCAGGCAGCUUUGUCCUGUGUAGAGCACCGCAUGAAGGGGCUGAAGCUGCGGGUCAAGCCUCGAGAAAAGAAGGAAUUUAAGUUAAUUCCCAAGAAGAAGAACAACCCCCAGAACCUCCAGCAGGUCCUAGAUCGUCUCAGACCCGACUUGUGUCAGCUGGGAUCUGUGGAUGCCCAGAUGAAGUUCAUAGUUGAGCGAUUUCAGCUGGGAGAAAAUGAAAAGAAGACUCGAGACUUGCUGGUUCAGCUCCUUCAAGAGGUUUUUGUUGAAUUCUUUCCAGACAGCCAGAUUCUGCCCUUUGGUUCAUCUGUGAACACUUUUGGCGUCCACUCGUGUGACUUGGACCUGUUCCUGGACCUAGAAAACACGAAGGUGUUCCAAGCUCGGGCCAAGUCCAGCACAGAGCAGGCGGGUGAAGGAGUGUCAGACGAUGCCCACUCUGAGGACUCCAUCCUGUCUGACAUCGAUCUGUCCACAGCCUCUCCAGCUGAAGUUUUAGACUUGGUUGCCACCAUCCUCAAGCGCUGCGUCCCCAGCGUGCACAAGGUCCACGUAGUCAGCACCGCUCGCCUCCCUGUGGUCAAGUUCCAUCACCAUGAGCUCAACCUGCAGGGAGACAUCACGCUCAACAACAGACUUGGCGUGAGGAACACGCGUUUCCUCCAGCUGUGUUCAGGGGUGGAGGAGAGGCUGAGGCCCCUGGUCUACACCAUCCGCUACUGGGCCAAGCAGAAGCAGUUAGCUGGUAAUCCCAGUGGCUCGGGUCCUCUCCUCAACAACUACGCCCUGACACUGCUGGUCUUUUUCUACCUGCAGAACUGUGAUCCUCCUGUCCUCCCCACCGUGGACCAGCUCAGAGAUAUGUCCUGUGAGGAGGAGGAGUGUGUGAUUGAAGGCUGGAACUGCACCUUCCCAAGUCAGCCGAUCGCUGUGCCGCCCUGUAAAAACACACAAGACCUCUGUUCGCUGCUCGCUGGCUUCUUCUCCUUCUACGCCCAGUUUGAUUUUGCCGGUAGCGUCAUCUCUUUGAGGGAGGGACGUGCUCUUCCGAUCACAAAAUUCCUCAGCCAGAAUAAACAGGAUGAGACGAUGCAAGAAGAACAACCCACCAAGUCCCAUCUGCCUGGUCCCAAACUGGGCCCCCUGAAUCUCCUGGAUCCCUUCGAGCUUUCCCACAACGUGGCGGGAAACCUGAACGAACGCUCUCACCGCAGCUUCCUGAAGGAGUGCCAGGAGGCUGACAAGUACUGCCGCAGCCUACAGUACCAGCACAAGUCCACUAAAGGGAAGUCCUGGGGACUUGUGCGCUUGUUGACCCCACACAUGGAGGUGCAGCAGACAAAACCAGAGCAGCUGGCCAUCAGCAUCCCCUUCAAGGCCACUUCGCUGCCUGAGAAGCUUCAGGAUGAGCUGCAGGUGGCAGGAGAUGGUUUCAGGCUGCUGUGGUUCCAGAAGGUUUGUUGUGCUGUGGAGGUCGUACUAAAAACUGUCCUCAAGUGCCUCCUCCAUGCUCCUGCAGAUGCUGUGUUUAGAGAAGAUCCAGCUGCGGCUGAAGGAACAGAAACCGCGUCGGCUUCCUUUAACUCGUUAAACGACAGCACAGAGAGUGCUGAUUCUCAGGGCGAGGUGACCGUUGGUGCAAAGAGGCCUUUGUCCUCUGGCAGCGAUUGCUCAGUGUCACCUCAGGGCAAAAAGCCAAGACUGGCCAAAAGGGGGCAUCACGAAGUCCCUCCAUGGACGUGCGCGCAGAAGCAUAUGGUGUGGGCUGGCAGGAGGAGAGUGAGACGAGAGCUCAUGAAGGACGCAGAGUGUAAACCAGAGGGGAGCUGCGUGGACCUGGAGUCCCAGGUCUCAGCUUACAUCGUGGAAAAAGAGCCGGGGCUCAAGCAGCCCCUGGAGUUCAAAGUUCAGCCCCAGAUGGUUGGUGGAACCGAGAACACAAAGGCACUGCUCAAGAUGGAGCCAAGCAGCGACGGGGCGGGAGUUUUCCAGGACUUCUUUCAUUUCCUGGAAGUUUUCCUACCAAAGAUGGUGGAGACAGUGUUGGAGAAAGGAGGAGGCGGGUCCUAAAGGACCUGAUGAAUGUUGGAAAACAUGAAUCCCUGACAGAGGAGGGAGAAGAGAUUUACUUCUGUUUUCACAUAUUUUUUGUACUUGUUCAGUAGUGAUUAGUUUCAUGCCUGAAUAAGGCUCCAGAUUUAGCGUCUGUUUUAGUUUCUUUAUUAAAAAAUAAAUAAAAUCCAACUUUUAUGCUUGAAA